AUGUGGAAGAUGCUCAUUGAAGGUUUUCUUACGCCCCCAGAGGCCUGCGGCCGAGACGCAGCGGCAGCCCCAGUGCCAGAUGGAGCCAUUGACUUGGGUCCCUUCAACGAGGGUUUUGGGUUACCAGACACCCAUCUGCUGUGUGCUUCAGAAGGAGUGAGUUGCAUCAUAUUGGGCCUUGAAGGUGGCAAGAAGCCAUUGGAACAGCCCAAGAAGCAGACCAAGGAGAUGGGUGAGGAGGGCAAGAUGUGCAAGCAGAAACAAAAGUUGGAACAGAAGAAACUGGAGGAGCUAAAAGUGAAGGCUGAAGGGAAGGGUCCUCUGGCCCCAGGUGGAAUUAAGAAAUCUGGCAAAAAGUAA